UUAAAUUAGUUAAGUGGAAACCUCGGUGGUGACACUACCAGACGUUAAAUCGUAAGACGGUGCUUCGUGGUUACUAGCUAACACGCAUACACACAGCAGUCCAGUAUAGUCUCUAGUCUAGCUCUAGACGAGUCUAGAGUAAUGCUGCCCUGCUGGGUGCGUUAGUAACCCACCAGGAUAAAUUCAGUCAGAGGCUUACGGUUGGCGCUGUUAAGUUUUAAUGCUUCAGUAUAUUAUAUAUUAAGUCAUGAUGAUCUUGGUGCUAUCUUUAUCACAGUUUUUAGUAAAAUAGAGGUGUAAGAUAGGAGGCGGCGUAUUGGGGAGUGCGUGUGCAGGAAGGGUGGGAAAGGAGGCACCGUGGUGGUGUUGCAGACUGGAGGAUGUGUCGAGCAGGAGGGGUGCUCCUGACGGUGGUGGUCGUCUACUGUGUGUUGCUCUCCCUCCUACUGUUGGACAGCAGCAACCAUGAAGGAGAUGGUGCUGGUGGCAUUAGUGAUGGGAGGCGAUGGACCAGGGGGACCGGGCACCUCCCAACUAACUCACACACCCCACCACCUCCCAGGACUCUCGCGCAAGUACCAGACUACACCCACAAUGAAGAACUUACACCCAAUUUAAAACCAAACUUAGAGAAUUUAGACAAAGUUGAAAAAGUUGAGGACUUUGUUGACCUAUUGCACACAAAAAAAUCUCAUGAAUACGGUGACAAUGGUAUGUCACGGGAUGAAGGGAAUGAUAUUGAUUAUUAUGAUGAUGAUGAUGAUGAUGCAGAACAGAAAAACAUAGAUUAUAACUGGUAUGAGGAUAAUUACAAGAAAUAUAAAGGAUAUGUGAAGCAUAUUAUGUUUUCCGACUUGUAUCAGCCAGGGUACGUUAUUGAGAAUGGAGGACUGUGUAAGGAAAACUCCCAAAUAUUUGUUUUUAUCAAUUCUCGAGUGAAUAAUACAUAUAAUCGUCAUAAGAUACGGGAAACAUAUUUAAAAAAGUUAAUUGAACACACAAUUCCUUAUGGUUUCCUCAUUUCAAAGCCAGAGGGAAAGAUAGCCAUGCAGUUACUAAAGGCUGAGAACGACAAGUUUGGGGACGUGGUGGUGACAGGGAGCGAGGAGUCGUACUUCAACCUAACACUCAAGACAGCCCACUUACUCCACUGGGCUGCCACUAACUGUCUCUCUAGUACCUACAUCGUCAAGGUCGACGACGAUGUCUACGUAAAUGUGGAGAUGCUCCUGCAUGUGUUGUCUGUCCCCAGGAACUACACUAUCCUGGGCAAGGUGUGUACUUCCUGUGUGCCAUUCCGGGGUGCCCCAUUGUCGCUGGGAAAAGCACUACGGUUCUUCUCCAACGUGGCGACCACCCGACACAUGCCCCUUACUGCCUUCCCACCCUUUGCCAUGGGUCCAUCCUACGUCAUCACACCUGACAUGAUUCCACUGUUGAUGGAGGCGGCGCAGCAGAUGGUCCACUUCAGUUACGAAGAUGUGUUCUGGACAGGCUUGGCAGUUGAGGUGGUGAACGGAGAGAGUGGGCUGAAUAUAGGUGUGCCGAAAGACCCGAAAAGCAUCAAGGAGAAAUAUGUAAGAAUGGUGCGAGGUCGUACCCCCAUUACUAAGGUGCAGCGACGGGAUGUGCCUGGCUGGCGAAUGGACCUCAGGCCCUCGGAAUCACUGCAGGCCUCCCUGGAGAAGGCCCGCCAUGCAGUUAUUGUUCAUAAUGUUCAAUGGUACAAGGACAAACAAUUUAUAUUGGCCUUGCAGAAUAUCAACACAACUGACUAGAUCUUGAAGUCAAAUUCUAGUUAGACAAUUUCCAAAGUGCAUUCUUUAAGCUUUUAGAGGAAAAUACACAUACCAGGUACUCCUCAUCUUAUGACCUACUUGACGUACGACCACCCAGACAUACGACCGCCGCACUCGUAUAAAAUAUUUUUCAAAAUUACGUAUUUUCGAGUCCC